UCUUCUACUGUAUCCAUUUAUUAAUGGUUCUUUUAGCAGUUAUAUUUUGCCUUUCAAUUAGUUAGAAUUCGAGUGUAUUGUUUACCCAUUAACUUAAAAUUAUACUUAAUCGUAAACUAGACUAAAUAUUAUGAAGAGUUCUCAAACAAUUUGCUUCUAUUUUAUUUGUAUUCUUCUCUAUUCAAAUGCCCUAAAACCCUAUAAAGGGAUUUCGGAACAACCUAGUUGUUUAAAGGAAUAUUUACUACAAUUGAUAAAGAUCAAUGAAAUAUAUGCCUAUUCAGUUGAGGCCUGUGACGAUAAAGACAAUAUUAAUCGGCGACCUCCCCUAGGACUCGAUCCAGAAUUUGAAUUGGAACAACUAAAAAUAACAUCACAAGAAACCUGCCUCGAUUUGUCGGCCUGUAAUCUUAUAACUGAUAACCAUGAUUUUUUUCAAUGUCAUUCAAAAACCGCCGCCACAAAUACCCAUAAAUUUAUUAUAAUGCAUUUGAAUGCUUCCUCCGUGGCUAUUGAGCUUAGUGAGGAACAUGAUGAGGAGAAAAAAGAAAUUUUACGUUGUCAGUUAUCUGCUAAACGGAAAUAUAUUUUUGAUAUUUAUACGGCUUACACUGAACAUCUGAAAUGUUUAAAUUCCCCGAAAUGAGUUUAUUACCAUAAUAAAUCAUGGACUAAAAAGUUAUAAUAUACAAUAUAAAGUGCCAAAUGAUUUAUUAUUACAAUACAAAUCAGGAAAAUAAAACU